AUGCAUCUCUUCAGUACUUUCUUAUUGAUCGUCUGUGCUGUCUUCAUGGUUCAAGCUUGCACACCAACAGGAAAAAUAAAAGGCGAACGAGGACAACCAGGGCGAAAUGGGCGAGAUGGAGAACGAGGAGAGCGUGGACCACCAGGACAUGAAGGAAAACAAGGAGAACCAGGCCCUCCUGGUGAGCCUGGGAUUAAAGGUGUGCGAGGAGAACAAGGUGAUAUGGGUGAUCCAGGAGAAGCAGGUGAACCAGGAAUUCAAGGUAUUAAAGGAGCAGCAGCAGCAGUAUAG